AUUCCUCUCAAAUGUUUAAUUCAAAUUGUGAUGGACUCUGGUGAUGGUGUGACUCACACUGUGCCCAUCUAUGAAGGUUAUGCCCUUCCCCACGCCAUCCUCCAUCUGGAUCUGGCUGGCCGUGAUCUGAUGGACUACCUCAUGAAGAUCCUGACUGAAAGAGGGUACAGUUUCACUACCACGGCUGAGAGGGAAAUCGUGCAUGACAUCAAGGAGAAGCUGUGUUAUGUCGCCCUAGACUUUGAGCAGGAGAUGGCCACUGCUGCAUCUAGCUCCUCUCUGGAAAAGAGCUAUGAGCUUCCCGACGGUCAGGUUAUAAACAUUCAUUAAGCACUUAUGUUAGAG